GGAAAAACAAAAGUUUUCCUGUGAAGAAUAUGUGCAGUGACAACACAGUUCCUGCUCUCCUCGCCUACCCCUGUAUGACAGCUGAUGAAAAUAGUUGACCGGAUACUCGUCUGCGGCUAAUCUAUUUGACAGGCUGGAAACUAGUUGGAAAUUUAUGUCUACGUUGGUCUCUAUUUCAAACUGCUGUCAAAGGUGUCAAAAUUCUUUUCUGACUUUUAGAGGAACGAAAAUAUGCAGCGAUGUUGACAAGAAUCUGAAUAAAUGGAUUCCGCCAGAUGCAGGUCAUAAGAUUCGAGCACGCGAAAGCUACGUUCAUGCGAAUUUUGUUGCCCCACAAAGAUACACGAGAAUGUGAACUGCAUGAUACAUGCAGCAGAGCACAGUGGGAGAGGAGGGAUCGACCUCAGAAAUCCAACGAUGAGAUUCUGAAGGUUCAUUAGGCUGCUGCAGGAGGCUUUUCUCGAUGAACAGACGCUCGAUGGAGGUAGUGAGUGCCUAACUGGCCAUCCGACUGCUGCAACUGAACAGAACAUUCUACUGCUUGGACGUCCUGCAAACGCAACCGAUCAGCGGUUGCGGUCAAGCUCACGACUAGUAAGAAAAUUGCAGAGACUCCAGUUUGGCAUUUAGGAAAAUAUUUCAACAUCCCAAACUGUCGAGGAGGCUGGAGGCGCGAAAGUAGCAGAGACGUUUGCACGCAAGCAUGACGGGCCUCGUCAAAGAAGCAGAAGCAGUCGGUGCUGAUGAGGAUGAGUAGCACAUGGGCACAAAAGCAAUUAGGAUUGUAUACCUUCAGUGCGUCUUGAGAGCAGAUUUCUAUGCGGCUCCCGCAUGAAUAUACUAAAUUCAUCGAACGUCAACAUCUCCUGAUGAAGCUGGACUUCAGAGUGACAACUUUGUGGGCCGCGACUCUUCUUUUCAGCCUGCUCGCUUCCACUGUCUCGUCUCAGUCUUCAGAAGGCUUUGUGACCCUCAAUUGCGGGGGCGGGGCCUUCACGGAUCCGGUCACGGGCUUGGAAUGGGAGAACGAUGAGCGAUAUAUCGAGGCAUCCGACGACCUGCGCGCGGAGGGAGUCCUUAUCAGCGCCAGCGUUCUUCUCGAGCCCAGCACGAGUCCCGUGGACAACGCCGAGAGCUUGAAGGAUGCGUCGGUUUUCUACCCGAUAGGCCCCAUACCGAGAUCGAAGUUCUGCUAUAAUCUGCCGAUUUUGAACUACUCCAGCGAGGAGCCGAUGAACUACCUCCUCCGCGCGACGUUUCCGAGCAGCAAUCUGACCACCGAGGCCACGAAUGCCAGAGGAGACGAUGUAUCCCUGAGCACUUACAGCAUGCGCUUCUACUUCACCGUGGACUCGACGUACAUCUCCACCAUCGAGCUGCAGGAGAACCAACCUCAGAUCCUCGAGCUCGUCAUCACCGCGUUCGAUGCGGAAGUGUACGUGUGCCUGGUCCCUCUCGAAGACAGAUCGUCCAUGCCGGCCAUUUCCGCACUGGAGCUGCGCAGCUUUGCACUUGGCAUGUAUCCUCGAGUCGAUACUGGGAUGCGCAAAUUGUCCAUCACGACCUACUUCCUGACAGUGGCCCGGCUCAAUUUUGGAGGCGACAUCCAGUUGAGAUAUCCCGUUGACAAGUACGACCGGAUAUGGGCUCCUGCGAAGAUUCCCAGCGGUGAAAAGCAAUUCCGAUCUAGAACGAAUGUUUCGCGUGUUCACUAUCCACCCAAUAAGGAGAUUGAUAUGCCGGAUGAGGUGAUGAGCACAGCGUGGGUUGCGACGCAGUGGGAGAAUAACGUGACGUUUGAGGUAAAUUUGACGGGUGUGAGAGCAAUGCGAGCCAUCCCUAGUUUCUAUUUCAGCCUCCUCUUCUACGAGAUGCUGGAGACUGCCAAUAACACUCGGUUUGUCAACAACUAUUUGGACGACGAUGGUGAGCAACGGUUUUUCGAAGACACAGAAAUUUACAACUAUUUGUGGUUACAAGUUUAUAGCAGGAGGUGGACUUUUACGACGAAUGCUCCCACCUUCAAAAUCAGAGCAAAUGGCACGAGCCCAAACCCCGGAUUGGUCAAUGCAGCAGAGUUUUAUGGAGAAUUUGAUGCUGUGGUAUGGAGGACAUUCCAGAACGAUUCUAGCACCCUUAAAACCUUUUCCCUGAGCGCUCCCAGUUUACUGGAUACAGCCGGCGAUCCUUGCCUGCCGGUCCCAUGGGCCUGGGUGGUCUGCAGCAUCGAAACACCACCUCGAGUUACACAGAUAAAUAUUACGAGCAGAGGCGUGGGCGGAAAUUUGCCCACAGAUUUUGGACAGUUGGAUCGUCUGACCAUUUUGGAUUUGUCUAACAAUUCAUUUCGUGGUCGCGUGCCGGCGUCCCUGCGGAAUGUCACGACCCUAACAGUAAUGAACUUAGGAGGGAACGAGCUGGAAGGUGAACUUCCAGGCUUUCCGCCAUUGGCAUUUCAGAAUCUGGAAAGACUAUCUUUCUCCAACAAUAGGCUCAAAGGGAACGUAUCCUCACUCGUCAACUCACUGGCUGAACCUCUUUUCAACCUGGACCUCAGUAGAAAUUCCUUCAGCGGAGCGAUACCUACGGAGAUAGAGAAACUGAAGAAUCUGCAGAGUAUGGACCUAUCAAGCAACCGACUAACUGGGGAGCUGACUUUUGACCUGGACAAACUUUCAAGCUUACAAUAUCUAAAUCUGAGUAGUAACCUUCUGAGGGGAACAGUUCCCAGCACCUUAUGGAGCAGUUCCAGCCUUCAAUUGGUAGAUCUGAGUAAUAACGAGUUCGAGACGUUGAACCUGACGACAUGGUAUCAGGGUGUCCUUAAGGCAAAAAGCUUGGAAGCGUCUGCAGUUCUUAGGCAGGUCAGGUUGCAGGGGAAUCAAAUCAAGGAGAUUGUACCUGCAAAUUUGAUUGAUUUGGACAGUAUAAUCCCAACCCCAUCAACUAAUGAACAGCAGAAUUCAUUACAAACUCCGCUGGGUUUCAUUUUGCUCACAGACAGUCCUUGGUGCAUUGAUCCUGAAACGAACCGUUCGAGUUUGAUCGAAAGAUAUUUAUGUCGUUCAAACGAGCACGUUAACUUCUGGCCGGAGCCCCAGACGAAUAAUGACGGCGUCAGUACGACAACGUUGGCCAUCGUGGGCGUAGUAUCUGGACUGGUGUUAUUGUUUAUGGCCUGCUUAGUUGCAUAUUUCUUGUACAGAAUUCGGAGACGAACUCGAGAGCUACACCAAAUACAGGAAGCUCUAGAGAAAGAGCACGUAAAGCCACCGUUCUUCAGCUACGAUGACCUCAGGACGGCUACAAGCAAUUUCUCGAAUGACAAUAUACUGGGAAAAGGUGGAUAUGGUACUGUAUACAAGGCGGUACUUGCAGACGGAAUCAUUGUAGCGGUAAAGAAACUCAAUCCAACUGAGCAAAAUACAGCCGAAUUCUUCAGAGAAAUGGUGAACAUUACGGGUAUCAAACACAGAAAUCUUAUUCAACUUCUGGGAUGUUGUGUAAGAGAGAAGCAACAACGCAUGCUAGUUUACGAGCUCGCGGAGAAUAGGAGCCUUGCAGAGGCAUUGUGGGGUCUCGAUAAAGUUUUCAUACUGAGUUGGGAACAGCGGUUCAAAAUAUGCGUUGGAAUAGCCCGUGGACUUGCUUAUUUACACGAAGAGUUGCAGCCGAAGAUGAUUCACAGAGAUAUCAAACCUCAGAACAUUCUUCUGGACAAGGACUAUAAUGCAAAGAUUGCUGAUUUUGGAUUAGUCAGACCCGCUCACACAGACGACACUCUAGUCACGGUCAACAUCGGUGGAACAAGGGGCUACUUCUCACCGGAGUAUGCAACAGAGGGCGUGGUAUCGGAGAAACUGGACGUUUAUAGCUUCGGCGUUGUUCUGUUGGAGAUUGUUUCCGGGAGGCUUUGCAUCAAUUAUAGGAUGACUGCAGAACGAAUUUAUCUCCGAGCCUGGGCUUUGGCCUUGUAUGAGGACGGAAAUUUGCUGGAUCUGGUCGAUCAGGACCUCAUAGGGGCAUAUAAUGAAGAAGAGGUUUUGCUGGUCCUGGAGACGGCGCUGUCUUGUCUUCAAGUCGAUCCCAAGAAGCGUCCAACUAUGUCUCAAGUGAUGCACUUGUUUAUGAAACAUGCGGAUGUAGCUAUGGAAAUCGUCAAAGAGCUCAGGGGCAACAGGACAAGCUUGGAAGAUAUAAUGGAAGAUAGGAGACCUCGCAUCAGUCGUGAAAGUGAGGAGCGUACCUUGAUAUCUAGUAACCAGUACAGAUCACAGGUCAUGGAGCUCACAGAAAUGCAUCCUAGGUAAUUAGUAUUAAUCACAAUCAUGAAGUAGGCUUCUCUAGAUGAUAGAGUAUGUAAUGUCAUUGCUUAUCGUCAAAUUUAGAACUCGAGUUGAACGCAAGAAGUAGCUCUAUUUAAAUUAGACCAGUAUAUAGGAGUAAACUUCUUUAUGAUCAUUCUAUAAAUAAUAAUAUAUUUUUUGGAAUUAUUUU